AACAGCCGGCGGACGUAAGGUAGCCAAUGAACGAUUAGUUACCUAAUAAUAACUUUUUGGCAAAGUUCGUUGCAACUGGCGUCCAAUAUAUAAUAGGAUAUCUCUUCGUAAGUUACUAUAACGUGAUAUAACGAGCAAGAUCUUUGCUGUUGUUUUGGGUUGAUUUUUACAUUUUUGUGUUGAACUUGAAGAAGAGGAAAAAAGCAACAACAUCAAGCUUGGUAGACGGUGUGACAAUUAGCCAUUCAGUCUAACAUAUAGGAAACUGAGAAUUCAAAAAAGUAACAGGAUCAAACACCAUGUCGUCGACGACAUCAUGUAGACAAGUAUUCUUAGCAGUCUUGGCCAUGUCCAUGGUCAUCGAGGCGUUCGCGGGACGAACCGACCCGGCGGUAACUGCACUUACCCAUCGGGUAAAUUACUUACAGCGUUAUAUGACAAGCACGCUGAUGGGGAAGAUCUCGAAUUUGGAGAGACAAAAUAUAGCACAGGCCAACGCCAUCACCAGGUUGACAAUGGAUAUGAAUGAAACUGUGACGGAACUGACCCAAAGCAACGUUGAACUGAGACAGAAGAACGCAGAGCUUCAGACAAUGGUUGGUACCUUUGAAAGGUUCUUUUCCUCGCUCUUGGUUGAUAACCCUGAUGCCUUUGACCCGACAAGAGGAGUUGUCGAACGAAUGGACAGUCUGAAUGCUUUCCUCGGGAACAGACAGGCCAUGUUGGCAGGACUGCGACCCGACCCAGAGACAGUUCCGACCAAUGACACUGUUGACCAGGAAGAACUUGGGCGAGUCUUGACACAGCUGUCGGAGGUGAACAGUGGUCUUGAACAGAAGGUUGAUAAACUUCAGAGGAGGGUGGACAACGGGGUUGAAGCGGCAGGAGACAGGGCAUUAACCGGAGGAGCUAAUGAUAUCCUGACUCUAAAUCAAGUUGGAGACAAAUUAGUGGCUUUGGAAGCAGCCAUCAGUGCACUUACAGCAACACAACUAGCUAAGGACGAUGCUGACCGUCAAUCAGGCUCACGGAAUGUAAUUUCAGAGACUGACCGAGCAAUUCUUGAAGGCGAUUUAUACGGAACAGCAAGGGGUGUCACUAGUGUCCGGAAGUCUGUAUUUUCAGUGGCCUUAGAUCACUCUGUACUUGGAACUACUAGCGCCCAGAAAAUGCCUUUUAACUUCCCUUAUGUCAAUAAAGGGAAUCACUGGAAUGAAACAUCCAAAACUUUCGUCUGCGGUAUCACCGGUUACUACUACUUUCACUUUUCACUGCGAUCGUACGAUUCUCACUACAUGGGGGUGCAUCUGAUGAAGAAUAACCAACCAGUCACGGCUGUUUUCACAGAGAAGAGCUCCCGGAAUGUGAUGGAGAGUCAGGGAGUCGUGCUACCUCUCGAGAUCGGUGACGAGAUCUACCUCCGUCUCAGUCCGUCUGAAGAGUACGCCGUGCAUUCCGAUACCUACAAGUACUGCACCUUCUCCGGCUUCCUCGUCUAUAAAGGUCUCUGAAAGAGCGACGCUGCAUGUCUCGGUCACGCCGGCGAUACCUACUCCAGCCUCACAAAGAUUUGCGAUUUGAUCCGAUCAACCACAAUUAUGGAAAGCCAGCAACGCCAACAUCUAAGACGCAUGCUUAUUCAAAAUGUUGUUCUAGAUGAUGACGUUGUAUACUCGAUUGUCUAUUUGAUCCGGAUGGUCCGCCUUAUGCCUUAUCCGAAGCCUUUGAUAAU